AAGCGAGUCUAGUGGCAAAUAAGCCCUAGGCAUACCUGCCAUCUCCUGAGCGGCUCGCGCUGCGCUCUCUGCGACAAGCUGCGAAACCCCCCUGCCCCUUCCCUGCGCCUUCCUGCAUCGUUCGGAUACUUCCUCGCCUCGAUCUCUCCGUCCCCCUCUCAUCCUCUGCGAAGAGAUUCUAGGGUCAGGGCCCCUUGAUCGCGCCUUCGGCUCACCCGAUAAGCUGGUGCACUUCUCGCUCAUCAUUCGUCGCCGACGGAGCCCCGCCUUAACCAGUGGGACUUUGUGAUCGAGAUAAUAUCCGUUUCACAUCACAAGUAGCGUGUGGAAGAACUACUAUGGAGGAAGUGAAAAAGGUUAUCGAUAUAAACUCAACAACCACUAUCUUGGAACCUGAAACAAGCAUCAGGGGAGGUUUGUACUUGCCACAGCAGGAAAGAGUAAUGUAUAGACCCCCAGAGAGAAAAUUAAAUUUGGGUUUGGAUGUUCUUGCUAGUAUAAAAAGAGAGAAGGGGGAUAUGGGAUUUAAAGCACCUGCUCCAAAAAAAGUUGUGACCUUUGACUCUUUUGACGAAGAUGAGAAAUGCGACCCUUCUGAGAUUGAAGAAUCAAGAGAUGAUUCACCCUGUGGUCUUCGGGGACACACAUCUAGGCAGUACCGUGCAUCUUUUGUUGAAGAAAAUUCACUUCAAGAAUCUACCAUGACAUCUGAUGGUGCAGGCAGCCAAACCUCUCACUCACAACGCACAAAUGAAACCCCACGUCUUGAG